GGAGGAAAUGUAGGCAAAGACGCGUACAGGGCUCUGUGUCGCCCGUAUCCUCUAUCAAAGAGCAAGUCACUUUUAUUCUCCAGGCAAUAACAACACUUAAACUCCCAAAGACGCAACGAUGAAGGUGUCCAGCAUUGACAGCCGCCGUCUAAAGAAGAUCAUAAGGAAAGAAUGUGGGACCUGCCUUAUUGUGGAUUGUCGACCGUAUCUUUCAUUCACAAACUCAAGCAUCAACGGCUCCAUCAACGUCAACCUCAACUCAGUGGUGGUGCGGAGGUUCAGAGGAGGACCGGUGCCUCUUCAGUUUGUUAUCCCGGACGAAAGCGCUCUGUAUCGGCUUCGGGAGGGGAGUAUAUCGGCGGUGGUAGCACUGGAUGACCGGACGUCCCACUGGCAAAAAUUAAAAAAGGACAGUGUAGCACAAAUAGUAAUAAAUACCCUUUCACACUUAACGAAUGGGACCAGCAUCUGCUUUCUGAAAGGCGGAUAUGAGAAUUUCCACUCUCAAUACCCUGAACUUUGCACUGAGGUGAAAACCAUAGACCAGAGCGGAACUGAAACUGAGAGAAAAGUCAGCUGCCACACCGAGAUGCGUUCUCACCACAAACCAGAUUAUGAUCAGGGUAAACCUGUGGAGAUCCUGCCUUUCCUCUACCUCGGUAGUGCCUAUCACGCUUCCAGACAGGACUAUCUCAGCGACCUUCACAUCACAGCCUUGCUCAAUGUGUCACGCAGGGACCUGCAGCCAGCAAAGAGCCAGUAUGACUACAAAUGGAUCCCAGUGGAGGAUAGCCAUAUGGCAGAUAUCAGCUCACACUUUCAAGAGGCAAUACAAUUCAUUGAUCAAAUAAAGCAAUCUGGAGGCAAGGUCCUGGUGCAUUGUGAAGCAGGCAUAUCUCGAUCCCCCACUAUCUGCAUGGCCUACAUCAUGAGGACCCAACGGCUUCGACUCGAUGCUGCCUUUGACAUCAUCAAACAGCGCCGUUCAGUCAUCUCGCCCAACUUUAGCUUUAUGGGUCAGCUGCUGCAGUAUGAAUCCGAGGUCCUCUCCACGGCCCCAGCUCACGCAGUCACUCCAGAACCUGCCACACCCUGCGCCCCAGAGUCCGCCUCCUUCUUUGCCAAUGACUUUACCAAUAACUUCAGCACCAAAAACUAUGAGCCAUCUGUGUUCACCCUCCCUACCUCUUGCCUGCACUCCCCGGUCCAUCACCAGUUCAAACUGAGCCCAAUAACAGCACUGCCUUAAAUAAACUUUUGACUGCUUGUAGUCUUUACUUGAAAAAUAUGAAAAAUAAUACUUUGUGUGCCUGGCGUUUGACCCAGCAACACAGAUACACUGGAGAUGUACAGGAAAGAAAAUAUUUAUAUGACGUUGAAGAAGUCGAGACCCCUGGGAGUUGCUGUUUUCCAGUCUUCUGGGCUGUUGAUGAAACAAUACAGCACAAUGAUAGCCUGAACUGCAAUAUUCAUGCCUUAGGUUAAUAUUGUGAUUUGCCUAUACAUUUGGGCAUUGAAAUUAUUUAUUUGAAAGUACUGUCUGAUUUUUAUCAACAUAGAUGUUAAUUCAUGUGUGUUUAAUAAAUGUUUCACUACAAAAA